AUGGUAGCGAUCUCACCGGCUGACGUGCAGGAGCGUCUGCUCUUUACCGGUCCGGAGCUCCUAGGGUCGAGAACACCGCAGUCCCCUCCCUUGGGAGGGCGGACAGCGAGCUCGUCGCAGCCUUUGGAGGGCGAGCGUUUUCCUAGCCCGCAGCUCCAAUCGAGACGAUCACAAGACAUUGAUGAGUGCAGCAUCAGUAACGGGAGCUGUGAGCACGGCUGCAUAAACACUCAGGGCGGCUACGAUUGUGUGUGUCCACCCGGUCAGAAGCUCCACUGGAACAAGAAGGAUUGUAUCGAGGCGGUGAAGUGUCUGCCCAAUGGGAAGCCAGUACCCCGAGCCCAGCUGACCUGCACCAAGAGCGGGGGGGCAGAGGUCUGCUCACUCUCCUGCCCCUCCAACGCCCUCUUCCUCGCAGACUCAGAGAACAGCUACACACUGAGCUGUGGAGUGCCCGUCCAGCCUGUUAAAGCUCCUCCGAAGAGGAACACCACCAGUGCUUUACCCACCUGUGGCGACACGCUGUCCGCACCCAUAAAGCAGAAGGCCAGGUUUAAGAUCAAAGACGCCAAAUGUCACCUGAGGCCCCGAAACAAGGAGAAACACAGAGACUCCUCCAGACAGAACCUACAAGGAGGCCAAUUCCCUUGCACAGACGACUGCCAGGUAACAUUUGUAAACCUCAAGUGCGACUCUUCUAAGAAGCGCAGACGAGGACGCAAAUCUCCUUCCAAAGAGGUUUCCCAUAUCACAGCUGAGUUUGAGAUGGAGAUGAGAGAGGAAGAAGCAUCAGACUCUUGUAACGUGGAGUGUGUGCGGGAAAGGGUGAAGCAGAAGCUGCAGAGCGCCAUGCGGACGCUCAGGAAGUCCAUCAACAAACAGCAGUUCUACAUCCAGUUCUCUGGGACGGAGUACGAGGUGGCCCAGAAACCGUCCAAGGUACUGGAGGGAGCCGAGCUCUGCAGCACGGGACACGUCCUCCGAGAGGGGAAGUGUGUGAGCUGUGGGCUCGGGACGUUCUACAGCGGGGAGCAGGAGCAGUGUGUGCAGUGUCUUCCCGGGACGUACCAGGACACGCUGGGUCAGCUAUCCUGUGAGCCAUGUCCCGGCAUCGAAGGACAGGGCAUCGCCGGGGCCAAGAACGUGUCUCAGUGUGGAGGUCAGUGUCCAGCGGGUCACUUCUCUCCUGACGGCUUUCGCCCAUGCCUGUCCUGUCCGCUGGGCUCCUACCAGCCUGAAACGGGCCGAGUGCUCUGCUUCCCCUGUGGAGGAGGCAUCCUGACCAAGUUUGAGGCAUCAACGGCCUUCAGGGACUGUGAGGCCAAGGUGCACUGUGCUCCUGGACAUUACUACAACUCCAGCACCCACCGCUGUAUCCGCUGCACAGGAGGCACCUACCAGAAUGACUUUGGGCAGAACUACUGCAUCACCUGCCCCGGGAACACCACCACGGACUUUGACGGCGCCACCAACGUCUCCCACUGCAAAAACCAGGUGUGUGGAGGUGAACUGGGAGACUACACAGGCUUCAUCGAGUCUCCUAACUACCCUGGAGAUUACCCAUCCAACGUGGACUGUGUGUGGACCAUCAACCCCCCACACAAGAGGCGGAUUCUCAUCGUAGUACCAGAGAUCUUCCUCCCCAUCGAGGAUGAGUGUGGAGACGUGCUGGUCAUGAGAAAGAGUGCCCUUCCCACCUCCAUCACCACCUACGAGACGUGUCAGACCUAUGAGCGGCCCAUCGCCUUCACGUCUCGCUCUCGAAAGCUUUGGAUUCAGUUUAAGUCCAACGAGGGAAACAGUGGCAAAGGGUUCCAAGUUCCCUACGUCACUUAUGAUGAGGACUACCAGCAGCUGAUAGAGGACAUAGUGCGAGAUGGCAGGCUCUACGCCUCUGAGAACCACCAGGAGAUACUGAAGGAUAAGAAGCUGAUAAAGGCUCUGUUUGACGUGCUGGCCCACCCUCAGAACUACUUCAGGUACACGGCGCAGGAGUCCAAAGAGAUGUUCCCGCGCUCCUUCAUCAAGCUGCUGCGCUCCAAAGUCACCAGGUUCCUCAGGCCGUACAAAUAGUCGGGAUAUCUCCAACGUCCUUUCAAAGGACCCCCCCCCCCCCCCCGCUUUCCUGAUCCGCCCCUGCCCGUCAUACAACGUAACAUCCUCCUUUACUGUAUUUACCCUGUUUGUUACAUAAUGCCUUUCCUCAUGUUUGACUCCUUUAAUAAGUAACACAUUGACGCCCCUCCCUCAGUUUGUGCAGCUCUUUUUAUAAGGUUUGACUGAUAUGGGUUUUUGCAGACCAGUAAUAACAUUUUUUUAACACAGAAGAAGCUGCCUGAUAGAAAUUGUGUGUAUAUAUUGUUUCUUUAAAUCCAACUAUAUUAUACCAAACUUGUGAAAGCAUUGAAGCAUGUAAACAUGUCACAGAAGAGGCACACAAUACAAAUAUGAACCUGAAAAUGCAACACAAUCCCUUUCAAUAUUACAUUAUCAAGCUACAUGUAAUUCAUUAUUGUCACUAAAGAGACAAAAUAAUGAAAGCAGCUGAAAGGAAACCUGUUUAUUAGGGGUUUCAAUGACUAUUACAGUAUAUAAAUGUAUCAAUUAAUUGUCUCAUACUUGGCAAGAAAACACAUUUCUCAAAAUGUUGGACUAUUCCUUUAAAAUGUGUUUCAAACAGCUCUAAAACAUUUUUAAAAAAUCAUAUAUAUAAUAAAAUGAUACUUCUUAUGAUUAGCAUAGUGCAAGUAUCAGGAAACCAUUGUAUCGGUCAAACCCUAUUUCUGCACACCAUAUACUAUUUCUUUUCUGCACCUUCAUUAACGUUUUUCUUUUCACUAUCUCCACCUCUCUCAUUUUUAUUUUGCUCUUGUUUUUUUCUGUGUUGUUGUGUUGUUUUUGUAAUAUUUAUACUGAACUUGCAGAAGCCCACAUCGCAGAUUUACAACGCACAUACAGAUGUGUGAAAUGUGUGGACAUACACAGGUGAACAUGCAUGAUGUGUAAUUUGAAUAGGAUUCCUUUAUUGACCCCUUUGUGCACGAGACAAAUGUGUUUUCUAUACGCACAUUUUAACCAUUUUUAUGUGGGGAAAUCUUAACCAUUCCACCUUUAGUAGGUGCUUUAUCCAUUUAAGCACAGGGAAAGAUUAAAUGGGGUGAAUCAGAAAGUCUAUAUUGUAAAAAAAAAAAUAGAACAUAUGUAACAAGAUGAGAUAAACUACCUGUAAGUAACAGAGUGUUACUUUAGAGAGAAAUGUAUGUAAUGUAACUAAUAUUUGGAACUUUAAUUGCACUUGAAUUUUAUAUUUUAAACUGUAGGAAAAAAAGAUCUUAGUUACAUUUUUUGUUACCUUUUUAUGUAUUGUUUUGAAAUGUGCCGCAUGUGGCGGUGAAGAGAGAGACGUCUGUGUCUCCUGUUAUUGCCCCCGCACUCAUAGCCCGUUCACACACACAAAGACAGUUAGAUUCAAGCUUUAGCAUCUCAUAAAUGUAUGUAAACUAAUGUGCACAGAGACAAACUCCACUUCAGUUUGUUUGUGUAUUCACUGCCAGAUCUAGCUUCAUAUCUCAAACAUAUCCUAAAGCUGUCAGAGAGAGGAAGCGUCAACAUAGAAGCUUCUUGUAUGAUGGCACUACUUACAUGCCUGUUACUUAAAAACGACUUUUAUCCAGAUGCGGUCUCUUUCCAUUAAAUAGGAAGUAUAGUUUGUAUACCUUUCUUUUAUAACCCAACUAAAUGUUUCUGUGUCAUUCCGAAUGGUACUAGUAUGUCUAUGAAAUCCUAUAACAUGUAUUGAAGAUGGGCUUUAUAUCUGCACAAUGCGACUGGAGGCGGGAAAAACAUGUAUGGUGUGACUGGAGUUUUGGAGGCGAAUGUAGUGGCAGUCAGAAUAAGAAACAUCUCCUAUCUGAGUGUCUGUGUGUUGUGUUGUUUAUAAAGAAGCUGGCCUCCCUUGACGGAUGAUAAAAAAUCAGAUGAACAUCCCCCUUUGACGUUCAAGCUCCUCGAGAAACACUUUGGAUAACAUUCCUGAAAAGAGUCUUUGUGCUGAGCAUAAAGAAAGCGUAGUGAUUAUAAACAUUUUAAAAAUGAUGCAAAUUAAAAAAGGGACAUGCGCAGCGUUUAUUACAACUGCAUGAACAAAACACGCAGAUACAAAAUGCAGCAAGAAGCUCAAGACUUGCAUGGUUUUUGAAAGUGCAGCAUGUUUCUCCUAAUGGAAGUGUUUUGGGCCACCCUACUUUCUUUUGUUCAUGCAUACAUAAUACAUACAUAAUACGUUGUUUCAGCAAACAUGUUUUUUAGUAUCUAAAUUUAGAUUUUCAUAGCACACUGAAAUAAAACAGAAGGAAGUCAAUAAAAAAAAUGCGUUCCUCAAUCUUUAAUCAUGUUGUUUAUUUGUUUUCAAUGGACUGAAGCAUGCACAACUACUAGUAUGGUCCUGCAUGGCACUGAGCUGGUCAUAGUUAGGGCAUUUCAUUCCAAAACAAGAUACUAAAUGGAAAUAACCAGUUAAACAAAAAGGGAAAUAUUUUUACCGGCAUUGACUGAUAACCACCCCCUUAAAUACUCUUUCACUGAAACUCUGAAUAGCUGCCAUACAGAUGAUUUAUGGUAUGGCCUACUUCCUGUUUGUUUCACUGUUCAAUAUGAGUGUUAUGAAAAAAAUUACAUGAAAUACUCUAACAUUUUAAUUGAAUUUUUUGUUUUCCUGAGAAUGUAUUCUAUUGUGUGAGCGUGUGUAUGUGUGUGUAUGUGUGUGUGUGUGUGUGUGUGUGUGUGUGUGUGUGUGUGUGUGUGUGUGUGUGUGUGUGUGUGUGUGUGUGUGUGUGUGUGUGUGUGUGUGUGUGUGUGUGUGUGUGUGUGUGUGUGUGUGUGUGUGUGUGUGUGUGCUUGAGAGAGAGAGACUGAUUCUGAGAAUGUGUGUGAUUAUUUGUUCUGAGUGCCUGUGAUAGGGAGAGUGCGUUUGUACUUUAGUCCAAUGUGUAGAGGAAUAAUUGUAACGUUUGUGUUAGUCGGUUGUACCCAAAGAGAGAAAUUGUAACGCAGUGUUGUGCCAUUGUUUGGUCCAUGAAACUCCAGUACUGAACAAAUUAAAUAAAACAGUAGCAGAAAACACA